AUGAAGUCCGUGUGGAAACACAUCCCGCGACGAUGGUUCCAACAUCACGGAAUGCAAUGUGAGAAGAGCGCGUGUCUCUCAUUAUGGUGAGAAGAACCAGCAUGAUGGAGUUCUGGUUGAUUUCGGUUCCUCUGGAUAAAAUCAGCUGUCAGUCUUUAGAGAAACUCAAACGGGUCUCAGCCAAAACAGGUCUGGCCACGAGCUCCAGAUUUCACAUCCCAGAGCUGAAGGUAGGAACGCUGGAUGUGCUACUGGGGGUCUCUGAUGACCUGUCCAGACUGGACUCCUAUACGGAGGGUGUGAUGCGUCAGACCUCUCAGUGUUUGGGUGAGGUGAUGGAAGAGUUCAGUGGAAAACUGCUGGAGAGCAUGCUGGCCAACGGAGAGCACAGGACUCAUCAGAAAGAUCAUCAGACACCUUUGAAAUCGUACUUCCAGACUAUACAAGUGGAUUUGGCAACAUAUGUGACCAGGUUUCAAUGGGACAGAGCCAAAUACCCCACUGCACAGCCUCUGAAAACCCUCGCUGACAUCAUCUCCAAACAAGUUUCUCAGGUGGACACCGAGUUGAAAUCCCGCAGGGCGGCUUACAGUCAUGUGAAAGCCAGUAUUCAAAGCUUUGAGCGAAAAACUGAGGGAAGCUUGCAGACCCGUGCAUUGACCAAUAUUGUGAAAAAGGAGGACUUGGUUUUGAAUUCAGAGUACCUCACAACACUGCUAGCUGUGGUGCCCAGAACGGCAUAUGCACUAUGGGAGAAGACAUAUGAGUCGAUGUCAAAGUUUGUGGUUCCUCGUUCCAGCCGGAAGUUGGUUGAGGAUGCAGAUGCAGGGAUUUUCACAGUAACCCUGUUUAAGAAUGUCAUUGCCGAAUUCAAAACCAAUGCCAAAAAGCACAAGUUUACAGUGCGGGAAUACAACCUGGAUGAAGCCGAGAAGCAAAAGCAGGAGAUAGGCCAUCUUGCUGUGGAUAAGAAGGAACUGUAUAGAACAUUUUUGUGUUGGCUAAAGGUAAAUUUCAGUGAGAUCUUUGUGGCCUGGAUUCACAUCAAGGUCCUCCGUACAUUCGUUGAGUCAGUUCUCAGGUACGGUCUGCCGGUCAGUUUCCAAGCUAUUUUGCUACAACCCACUAAGAAGAGUUGGAAGCAGCUAAGGAAGCAACUCAACUCUUUAUUCAAACACCUCGACCCAGCAGCGGCAACCGGUAAACCAGAUGUGGUACUUGAUAUCCCAGAUGGAAACACCAGCCAGCAGGAAUAUUACUCUUACAUCUGUUAUCCUAUCAAAAUUCAUUUGGUGGAUCCAAGUUAAUGCUAAAUCAUAGAAUAACUUUAUUUGGCACUUAUUGUUUUGCAUCUUGCAGAUUUAAAUAAACCCUGACAAGCAGAUGGAAGGCAUGGUUAUUGAGUGUGAACUUUAUGACCUGCAGUGUGUGAAGUUGUGAAGACAGAUACAUUUACUUGGGAACUAUACUGGUUUUUAAAUGACUAUUUUUGUUGCCAAAUUACAGAAUCAUCUGAAUUACAGAUUAGUUGUAACAUUGAUCCCAGGUUUUAUACUCUGGAAAUGUAUCAUACUAAAAAUAUAUUUAAAAAAAUACAUUUUAAAUACACAAUAAAAAUGUAUAACAAAAUGUUUUAUUUCUGUCACGCCCCUGGACUGUUUUGUUGUGGUUUUUGCUCCCCAUGUGUUCCCUGUGACCCAGUUUCUUCCCAGUCUGAUUGUGUUAAUUUGAUUCCAGGUGUGUCUCCUUAGUUUCCAUGAUUGUCCUGUCUUUAAAACCCUCAGUCCUUUCAGUUAGUGUUUGUCGGUCUUUAAGUGUCUACCCUGCCUGUGAUCUGUGUUCCUAUUUUGAAUAUUA